AUGCAACCUCAAGAUGAAUUAUAUGAUGGAUCUGAAAGAUGGAGAUUUCCUUCUACCAACGAAUUUCCAGAACCACCAGCAUUUAAAGGAUCUAUAAAGGUGUACCCGAGUGGAAAGAGCACUGGUACCACCUUGAAGGUGCCAGUAAAGACAACGGCACCACCAGCAGCACGUCCAAUCUCGAUGGCUCCUCAGCCACCAAUGGUUCGUCCACCACCUCCUCAACCGGGAGGACCACCACCCGCUCAACCACAACGUCCACCACCUCCUCAUCCCGGUGGACAACCUCACGUUCCACCAUCGCAACCACCACGUCCACCCCCUGGCGUACCACGUCAACCUCCACCUCACACACCAGGUGGCGGACCUCCUGUACCACCAGGCAAUCGUCCACCUCCACCAGGUGCACCACGUCCACCACCUUCUACACCGGGAGGACCACCUCCCAUUCCAGGAAGUUCGCGUCCUCCUCCCGUUCCAGGUGGACCACGUCCUCCACACCCAGGCGGACCCCCAAGUCUGCCAGGCGGUCCACGUCCAGUAAGCGUCAACCAAGGUGGCGGUGCUCCACCCAAGCCAGAGCGUCCUGUCUCACUGCGUCCCGGACCACCACCAGUACCAGGUGCAGGAGGUGCUAAAGUGCCACCUCGUCCACCACCCUCAAUGAAUGGAGGUCCCAACGGUACACCACCACCAAAACCAGGUCGUCCAACACCACCACUGCCACCACGUUAA